UAAAAAUGUUCUCAAAUCAAACUGUUUCUGAUGUAAUCUUUUCGAUUCGACCAUUUAUUCAAUUUAUUUUAUUUGGUUUAUAUCCAUUAAGAUAUAAACAGUUACAAUCUAAAUCAAAAGAGUCUUAUAAAAUAACAACUCAUGAUGAUCUAAUUUACACUGAAAUUAAAGAAGAAUAUUAUUCAAUUCCUGUCUCCAUUUAUGUUUUUUAUAAAAAAACUUUUGAAAGUAAAACUAUUUCAAAAAAAAUCAAACAAUUACCUUUUUUACAAGAAAAAGAUAAAAUCAUCUUUAUCUUUUAUUUGCAAAAUAAUUCAUACUACUAUUAUGAUAUUGAUGAUGAUAAAACUGAAAAAGAAGAAUUCGAAACCAAAUUGAUUAACAAAUACAAAGACAAAGAAAAAUCUAUCUCUGUAAAAACAAGUAGUGGACGUAAAAUUAAUUUAUUAAACACCUUGGUGAUUUCAAGUGGUGAUUCUGAUUUUGAUAUUGAGAAAAUUGAAGAUUUAAAACCUAAAUUAAAAAAG